CUGGGAUCCAGCCUGUGUGAUGAUUGUCCACCUGAAUAUGAACUGGGAUUUAGAGCUGCUAAAGGAUGUAACACAGGAGUCACUCCAUUUCCAUGUACUCAUUGUGGGAAGAGUUUCAGUCAUUUAUCACAGCUUAAAAUCCACCAGCGCGUUCACACAGGAGAGAACCCUUAUCACUGCCCUGAGUGUCGGAAGAGUUUCACGCAGGUACAAAAUCUCAAGAGACACCAGUGCAGUCACACAGGAAAGAAACCUUAUAACUGUUCUGAGUGUGGGAAGAGUUUCACACAGUUGCAAAAUCUUAAAAUCCAUCAGCGCAUUCACACAGGAGAGAAACCUCAUCACUGCUCUGAGUGUGGAAGGAGUUUCACACAGUUGCAAAAUCUUAAAACACACCAGCGUGUUCACACAGGAGAGAGACCUCAUCACUGCACUGAGUGUGGGAAGACUUUCACUCUGUUACAAAAUCUUAAAACACACAUGCGCAUUCACACAGGAGAGAAACCUUAUCACUGUGCUCUGUGUGGGCAGCGAUUCACAUAUUUCAGUUCCUUGAAAAUCCACCAGCGGACUCACGAAAAACAGUAAUCUUAUCACUGUAGUGAAUAUGUGAAGUUUCCUUCACUAGCAAACCUUAAAAGAGACCAUAAAAUUCACACGCAAGUUCGGUCAGUGAAGGACACAAGAUAAUUCACAGAAUUACAGCCACUCAGGGGCACUAAACACCAGUAUUAAAGUUGAUUAAAAUACAGAGAUAUUUACUGAAACAAAAGAAUAAACUUGCUUGAAAUAGUGUUACUAUUUCAGAUGGUAACUUCAGAUCAAAAAACGCACUUGCAUGGAUGGAAUUUAUGAACUACUACGUCCUGUUUGGACCAUUCAUGAUUGUGGAAACCAUUCUGAUUUUGUUACAUCACAUCAGUAAUUUUGACUUGGAUAAAAAUCAAUGCUGUAACUAAAAAUACAGUACUAUCAAAUAUGGUUGAAGUAGUGACUCACAUAGCAACAGAAUGCUGACAUUUCACAUGACUCAGAUAUACUAAUUAAAUAUUACUAGACCACAUGGAAUACUCUGAAUUACUUGUGUAAUAAUAAAAUGAAAAAUAGCGAAACAAAUUGAACUAUCAUAAAAAGUGUCAUAAUGAAUACAAUACCAUGUGUUUCUGAUACUUAUUGUAACUUCUGUUCAAUAUAAUAUUACCGAGUUCUUGUAAUUCAUCCCAACCCUACUAAUAAAGGUUUUUACACGCAAACGUUGUCUCCGGAACACGGAACUUAGGCGUGUCUUUGUUAAAUGCAAAACGGCUUGGAAUUCAUCAUGUUGUUUGUGAACACCACAAGGCUGUGUGCCAUUUUGUUGUUUGGCAACAUAAAACCAGUUUGAGCUAUGAGGGGGAUGCCAUUUUGUUUUAUUAGUAACUUUCCACACGCUGUGAUCACCACAGGGAGGAUGCCAUCUUGUUUCAGUUGUGAAAUUCAAACACAGUGAUCAUCACGAGGAGGACGCCAUCUUGUUAUUCUUUAAUAGAUUCAUAUGCUGUGCUAAAUUCUGUUCUUCGCUAACUUCAGUUCUUCACUGAACCAAAGGUUGGAUACUUGCACGUUUUAGUGAGUUUUCCAUGGUGCACAGAUAUGAUCAAAUGAAUUGGUUUACAUUGGGUUUGAUGAUUUUAGCAUGGAAGCUGAGUUACUUUAAUAUGAUAUUAACCUUCUAAACCCUGUCCUGUAAAUUCCUAGAACACCUGCCAUCGUCUGUGUUUUUUUCAGUUGCUGCAGUAAUCAUAUAUAAACAACAUGCUCAAAUCGCUCUUCCCUAUACACAGAAGGGAUUCACUUAUGACCUGGAAGUGGAAAUGAUGUAUGUUCACAUUUGAACUUUUGAAGCUAUCUCUGUUUGAAGUAUACCAAAACAAAGAUGGAUGCGUUGGCAGUUGGUAUUGGGUAUUGAAUAUCUGAAAAUCUGUUUUAUUUGACUGUGGCUGGAUUGAUUUACCAAAAGUAGCGUGUUAGGUUGGUUGUAAGUAACAUUGUUACAUGCAAGCUUCAUCGUUGUGUAUGCAGUUAGUUUAUACUGACUUGUUGGAGGCUGGUAUGCUUGCAUUUGAAUCUCAUGGACCCAUUACUAAAUGUGACCAUAUAUUUGAUUAGAAAAUAAAGGACCCUGUCCUCCGUCCCCCGUCCCCCG